AUGAAACCCCCCACUCAUGGAAAUCUUGCUCAGCACCUCCGACCUGAAUGUGAAGUGUCAGAGAGGCGAGCUAAGAAAAGCCCGGUUCUAAAUAGGGCUGACGGCACCAGACAGAGGGCCUACAGCCUGGUGGCGCAGGCCUACACCUCCCUCACAGCGGAAGACUUCGCCGCCUUCGUGGGCUACUCCGUGGAGGAGGCGGUGAAAGGUGUGGUGAGUCAAGGCUGGCAGGCUGACCCAGCGACCAGGAUGGUAAUGCCCAAAAAGCCCGAUCCUCCCCCGGUGUCGCUGGUUCCUAACGAGCAGCAGUUGGCCCGACUCACCGACUACGUGGCGUUCCUGGAGAACUGAAGGCUCGCCACGCGUCUGCUGCUGAGGAAGAGGAGCCGGGUCCCCCUGAUGAAGAAGCAUGACGUUCUGGUUUGACCCGGAUGGUACCGUAAUCUGGGACUGAUGAAGCUCUGCGCUCUCUGGUCUCUGUCAGUGUUUGUGUUUCCUAGCGUCUCCCUGUAGAACCGCGGUUCUGACCUGUAAGCUAACAGAACCCGGUCCGCUCAUCAGAACUCCUGUUCAGGUUUUCUCUGCUGAAUAAAUGUUUCUUUCUAAUCGUUGA